CACAAAGGAAUUCUUAAUAUGCCACAUUAUAUAUCACCCCUCUCCCCCGUAAGAACCAUUGGUACAAUCUGCACACAAGCGAGCAUUCCAGCAGUUAUCAAUAAGACCUUUGUACUUACGUGUAAUGGCUUCAGAAGGGGUAGCAUCACCGUUACAAGGGAAAGGCCCGACAUCCACCACCGAUGACCAAGAUACAUGCAUAUGCUGUUGCAACUUCAAGCGUCAUUAUAAGCAGUUCAAGGACCAGUUGUACGCUCAGGAAUUCAGCGAUUUGGACGUGCUGUUCGUCCUUUUUGCCGUGGCAACUUUUAUUGCUGACAUCGGCACAGACCUCGGCCUUGCCUUGACGUAUUUCACCGAAGCGGAGUACUGGUGGUUUGCCUUGACGCUGUCCUUCAUACUUCUGCCGUCCUUGGUUCUCCAACUCUUCAGCCUGCGGUGGUUGUGUCAAGAUAGGAAACCAACAGCGAAGAAAAGGCAGACAUGGCUUAGUUGGAUAGCAAGAUGUACGCUUCAUUUUCUUCAGCUAGGAACGGUUGUGAGAUGUCUGGAAGCCAUGAGGAUCGGCCACAGAAGCAGGACCAGUCGAGACCACGCCCUACGGUCCUGGUAUUACCUGGCCUGGAUAGCGGAGUGGACAGACAUCUGUCUGCUCAGGAUGUUUGAGGCUUUCCUGGAAUCAGCGCCACAGUUGGUACUACAGCUCUACAUCAUGCAAGUCAAGGGAGAAGCCGACAGACAAACAGUGAUAUCCUGCUGUAUCUCCAUCACUUCCCUGGCCUCGUCGCUCAUCUCAUACCACAGGUCUUUACGUGAUGCGCUCCCAAACGCGAAGGUCAUGAACUAUACAGGCGUCACCCUCUGGUUUCUAUGGCGACUCCUGACGGUCUCCGCGCGUAUUCUUGCCAUCGCCGUUUUCGCGCACCAGUUCACGUGGUGGACAUUUGUCGGCCUGGGGUCGCAUUUUCUUCUCAUGUUCGUCUGGCUGAUAUUUCAGAAGACAAAGUUCUAUGGUGGAGAGAGAAGGGCCGAAGAAGUUGGUUUUGACUUCAUCAUCGCGUUUUUGUAUAUAUUCUGUUGGUUGAACAUGAAAGAAAGUCGAUCCCGAUACAGGGCCCUGUUCUACUACUUGGUAGUCUACGCGGAAAACGUCACAUUUGUCGGCUUGUGGUACUGGAAAAUUAUUUUAGAAGUUGGAUCUUUCUAUGCCGAAUUGGUCCUACUUUGGGUCAUGUUUGGGUUUCUGGGAGGAAUUGGCUUCAUGGUCAUGUACUACUUGCUCUGUCACCCCAAAGAUAUUCCGUUAUACGUGCCACCGUGCAGUGCUGAAGCAAAACGUCAGGGGUCGUCACUGCAUGUGGAUAUUCAAGACGGACUUGACCAGGAAGAGCAGGCGACCAAAACCCCCUGCAUUGAGGAUAUUCGACAGAUGGGAAAUGCAACGGUUCCGGGUCAUAAACGACAUGUCCUCAGUCUGGGCUUCGCGUAUCGCUGGAGGGCUACAGAAGAGGACAACACCAAUGUCAUAGACGCAUCAGAAAGCAGUAUGUAAAAUGGAAGCCUCCAUGUGCCAGCCUUAAUAUCCCAUUAGGUUAUAUUCAGGCAAUUGAGGUCUACAAAAGGGUAACAAAGCGAUGAAUUUGAAUAGUUAACGUUGAGUCUACCUCAUUACUACUAGUAGUAACACCAACAUCGACAUAUGGCUAACACUACUAUAGACAGUAGACAAGUUAAGAUACAAACUCCUCCCAUUGUACUGUAAAGACUGGUUGGCAUGUUCUGCAUGUCUUUCAUUCUUACCAAUAAGUUGGGUAGAGAUCAAAAUGUCUCCAGUCGGGCUGUUGUAACAUAUUAAUUUUGUAAAGCAUCUUUUGAUUUUCUUCUUGCGGUAAUUUUCUUAUUGGAUGGUCAUGGAUAGGGCUGGGUAUCGGUACAGUGUACCGGUACAAAACCGGUUUUUCUUAUUGGACCGGUCCAGAAAAAGCGGACCUGAAAAAAUUAG